AUGAUUUUUCGAAUAGCGACCAGACGUCUACCUCUGUCCUAUCGUGGGCCGAUUUCCCCUUCUCACCUCUCCAGACCCUUCACUUCCGGGCCCUCGGACGGCUCAAAUCACGGUUCCAAUUCUGCAUACAGAGAAGGGCUCUCCGGCUUCAAGCCCUUCGUGCGCCCCUUCGCCAAGGUCUUCCUCGGUGCCAUCUUCACCUACCAGGUCAUCUAUUGGACCUGGCUGAAGCUAGAGAUGGAUGAAUCAAAAUCUGAGAAAAAUAAAGAGGUUGCCGCGUUGGAGAAGCAGGCAAGGGAAAUGGCAGCUUCGCGGAAAUGA